AUGAGACUUACUGCGGAUAUUUUAAGUCUGGACGAGUCUCCAUCUGCUGGCAAUCCCCUGGUGCCAGACCAUUCGUUUUUACAAACACCUCUCGUGCGGUCGGUCUCCGAGGGCGAAUCUUCUUUUCGUUUAGACUCAUCUCCAAUACACUCAUUUGCACGACCCCCCAAGGUGCCGCCGCUCCCAGAUCCCUCUCAGUUCCCAGACCCAUAUCCCCAGCGUUCCCCAUAUUCUCGCAUGUCUGAUAGGCUCUCUUCUACCCUACCCGCUCUCUCUUCUGAAGGUUCCUCUUCCGCAUCCACACGUUCGUCUGCAUACACUAGCUCCGGAAGUGCACUAACAUCGAGUGACUAUGGCCAUGUUCACGUCGCUACAGGAGAGGACGAGGAGAUUGGCGUCGCAGUAGGAAUCGCAUCCGACGAUGUGGAACAGAUCUUACAGACCAAGACUGUUGCUCCUUCAUCCGCAGGAAGGACUCCAAUAGACCAAACCAGGUGGUCAGAAUACUCAGCGAGUAUUCGAUCGAGGUCAUCUUCCAUCGGGCAAAAUAACACUCACAGCAUGCAUGAAAAUGGUGCACCGCGCCUUCGGGAAAACCCUAGCUUCGACAUGGGUUGGCAAACAGUAGAUGAAAGAGAUGAAGUUGGCGAAGAAGAUGACGAAGUUGACGACAAGGAGGAGGAAAGGACAUCUGCAGCAGUGGUAGCUGAAGAAGGCCGCGGCCUCAUUGUUAGAGGCGAAGGUAUCCCAGUUGUCCAGCUACGCGUUGAUCCGGGAACUACACAUCUACUCCUGGGAUCAUCUAGCACGCCCGGUACGAUACCGACUUUCCUGCUAGGCGUCUUACCGCAAAUAUGCAAUACCCUACUCGCACUCGACAUUUCUGCCAACUUCUUAAACGCGGUUCCUAUUGCUCUUGCUUCAUGUGAGAACCUAGAAGAGCUCAAUGUCGCGUCCAAUCCUGUUCGAGUCUUGCCCGCGUUCUUGACUAAUCUCACGUCCCUGCGUGUACUCAUCGCGGAUUCUACUGGUAUUGGUAGCCUUCCCGAUUCAUUAUGCGUGCUCGACAAGCUUCACACCCUUAGCAUUCGGAGGAACAAAAUGCAUUCCCUGCCCCAGCUGGCUGGUCCUUGGCAAGCCUUGGUCGAGCCACUGCUCGCUAAAACUUCGAUGCCACUGUUUUAUCCGCCCUCGACACCCAUGAUCCCCCCUUCUCCUGCCAGUCUUGCUGAUUCAUCUGUAGGGCCAGAGACCGACACGGACUCGGAACCUAAUAGUGCGGGUCCGGAGGGGCAAUCGUUAUCUCAAUUUGAUGACGACACUAUUACCCCAGCUCGAGCUCCAUUUCUUGGUCGUUCCGUAACCUCCCCGCCAACGCUACCUCUCCCCAAGGCUGUUCCGCGGGGUUUAACACGCACCAAGACUGCUCCAAACGGAUCAUUUUUCAGUUCAAAAUCGCGUCCCAGAACUGAAGCGGCUGAUGGACUCAGGAUAUCGAAGCGCGUAGAAGACUCGGGUUACUACACAGAUCACGAUCUGCGGAGAAUGAAGAGCGCGGGGGAACUACGUUCAUCUAUCGAUCAACAUGACUCUCAGAUUUCUCCGCAGGACUCACCCAUCGUUACCCCUGCCCGCCCAGCGCUCCCGACCUCAGCGUCCAGCUCGAAUUUACUUACCGUAGUAGGUGGCUCACCGGAAUCCGAUCGCUUGAACGUACCCAAGCGGUACGCCAGUCUCGGCGUUUCUUCGUCAGCGUCUACCCCCACGCGUAACCCGCGGCCAUCCUUACCUCAGACACUGUUCGAUCCGCCUUCAGGCACUCUAGAGCCCACAGUUCCUGAGUCCUUGCGUAUCUCUGCCGUCGAAACUAUUUCACCGGCGACUUCUCCGCGUCGACCACUGUUGCGUGAUCCACCUCAAUCUUCACCAGGUUAUGGGGAGAGGAACAGCACUGCAAGGCAGUCUCAGUCUCACUCCAAGGACAGAGAAAAGAGCGGGCGAUGGGGUUUCUUGAAGAAAAUGUCGAUGGGGAAGAUGCGACCCGGACCCGACUCUCCUGUUCCUCCAUAUCGCCCGACCACCACGUACAACCGCACGUCUCAGCCCGAGUCGGGGAUUGUAUCUGUCUCCAACCCCACGACGCCGUUCUCAAGCACGUCGCCUCAGAUUGACCUUCGCUUCUCUACUACAGAAUUUUUUGGGCCGCUCACGGGCGGCGCUCCUUCUGUCGCUUUGUCCCCACCAGAGCUAGAGAAUGAGGCCGAGAACGAGACUCCAACCUCUGAAACGGCUUCCCCGAUUCCGCCGCCUGCUAUACCUGGCAAUUUCCUUAUUCCAUCAUCUUCUCCUGUUCCACGGUCAUCCAGAAGAAGGAGCUUCUUGCCGGUCGAUGAUACAGCGACUAUUCCUUCGUCGUCACCUGUACCCUUUCUGGAACGCCUAUCAGGCGGUGAUAACGCGGAUGAGCCAAAGCCUGGUAUGUCAUCGAGUCCAAUUCCAGACUCGGAUAGCGUCGACUUUGCUACUCGGAGAGAGGAGGAACGAGCUCGAGAGGCAUACACGCGAGCUUUACGCUCUGUUAUGGCGUAUUUGAAGGAUAUGAACGAUCUUGGCACGUCCCAGGGUGGUAAUACCAUCAGCAUGUAUUCCGGAGUGGAAGAGAGUCCGUCGAGCGGAAUGCGCUCGCGCAGACCGACGAUCAUUGAGAGGACGAACUCUGACACGUCCGCAAUGUCGGCGAUUUCUCGAGCAGGAUCCAUGUCUGCGCAGCUACGGUCUCCUGAUGCCAUGUCCAGUCUGCGCAGUGGAACGGCUUCACAGACGGUCAGCGUUGCUGUCUCGGACUGUUCUCAAGAAGAGCGGAAGUACAAGGAUGAUAAAAGUAAGCGUGCACUUGUGGUUCGGGAAAUUGUUGAAACGGAGAAGACGUACGUGAAAGGCCUUCAAGAACUUGUCGAUAUAUACAUCAAGCCUAGUGCUGCUCCUGUCAACCUGAUCAGUGGUGUCGGUUCCGGCAAAGAAACAACCAUCCCCUCAGCAGAGAGGAAGAUCGUUUUCAGUGGCAUCGAAGGUCUCUUUUCAUUCCACAAGGAAAGCUUCCUUCCGUCGCUGGAGAAAGCAGCGGCUCCGCUGCUGCAGAAACCUCCUGGAAGUGAAGAGUUGGAUCCUGACGGUCAAUUAUCCGUGCAGGUAGCGACGGCUGUGGCUGGAUGUUUCUUGAGAUACGCUGCUUUCAUGAGGAUGUACUCGACAUAUAUCAACAACUUUGAUAAUUCUGUCCAGCGCAUCAGAUUUUGGUCGACAGAUAGGCCUGUCGCAGGAAACACUAGACCAGGCUCUACCCUAACACCCUCCUCCAGCACUGCCCAGCUUGCUGGGCUUGGUCUUGCUAUCUCCUCUCCUUCAGUCCCAGCCGUGAUGUCUGAUCCAUCUUCUCCAAGUCAUGCAGCACAUUUAACGUCUGGACAACGGAGACGAAUAAAACACUUUCUGAAACGUUGCCGCAUGAAUCCUCGUCAUUCACAACUCAAUAUGGAAGGUUAUUUACUUUUACCAGUUCAACGAAUACCACGGUACCGGCUACUAUUGGAAGAGCUUUUGCGAAGCACUCCACCAUCGUAUACCUUUUUGGAUGACUCGUUGGACCGAGCUCUGACAGAAAUAUCUUCGUUGGCAAACAACAUGAACGAAGGCAAACGAGAGUCCGAAUCUCGACGAAAACUUGUUCAAUGGCAGUCAAGAAUACGAGGCAAAUUCCCCAGCCCUCUGGUGCAACCACAUCGACGGCUCAUCAUGGAUGGACCUCUACUGCUCACUAGGGUGGUGCGAAAGACGGUCGUUUCAUUUGAGACGUUCAAUGCUCAGGGGGACGCCUCUGCUGUUCAAGUUGAUUGCCUAGCGCCAGAGCUUAACCCCCGGCCUCUUAUCGGAAUACUGUGCAACGACCUUCUUGUUCUCUGCAGGGAUCCUAGCGACGGGAAGGAUCCGAUGUCUGUGGUCGACCUGUGGGCGGUGCUGCGGAUGCAGACCUUGCCCCAACCGGCAAGCAUCGUCCAUGGAACUGUUUUGCGCCUGGUUGACAACAAGGCUAUCCUGUAUUUCGAUGCUCCAUCACCUUCUGAUGCUUUGAACUGGUUUAGAGCCAUUAAUCUGCAUAUACCUUCUGCAAAAGCAUAG